AUGGUUGGAAAUCCGUACAUAGGCACCAAAUACCGGCGCCUGCCUUCAUAUCCCAUUAUCCCUCAACCGGCUUACGGAAAGCCUGUGGGUCUUGCAUGCCCAGAGUGCCCCCCAUCAAGCAACGCAUCUCUAGUUUAUUCUUCAAAAGAAGACGAUACCAAGGACACCCUCAACGUCAACUGCCCUAGUGUGAAGCACUUUUGCCGAACAUUCAAGCUCAACCAGCUUCGACACGAGAUCGCUUUGAUCAACGCCGGCGGAACCUACCCAAUCCCUUUCGAUGCCUCUGCCCACGGGCCUCCAGUCAACGCUAAGGGAAUGACCUUGGCACCUCGAAUCAGCCCGAAGAAGUCGACCCAGUCGAAAGCAUCUAAUCGAACCACUCCUGCCAUCGACUGCGCCCGGCCACAAGUUGGUCCAACUGCCAAGUGCCACAAGAAGACCGGACAUGCUGGAUGUGUCUCCAUUUUCUGCAAAUCUUGUUGCCAAGAAUUCACUGCCCCAGAUGUUUGUUACGUCCACCGUGUUAAGGAACCACCCGCGACUCCUUCCCAGGUACCCAAUGUGUCCACAACGCCAGCCCUUCCACGUCGUGCACCACCUGUGAAUGCACCUGCACCAAAACGCCCCAAACUCAUCCCAGCUCAGUGUGCCCAAUAUGUCCGACGAGUUGGACAUAUCCUGUCGGACGAUGAGGAAUUACUUUUGGAAUCAUCUGCGACCAAACAGUCAACAACCCCUGCCGUCGACCCAUUAAAGGUGGUGAGCAUUCACCUCGUGACCAUGGCUUCCCAGACUCCAGUGAUCUCUCACCUAUUCAACGACUGGCCUGUCGCCAUCUUGAAAGACAACCAGAGCCUCCUCCGCGCGGCCCAAGCUGCAGCGGGCCCACAAUGGAAUAAUACUCUGGUUGUAUGGGAUGAAGCCAUCAGAAAUUGGAUCAUUCACCAGCGCGAGAUUGGGGUCACUCUGCCUCAUACUUACACCACAACCUCCAGAAACCUUGUGGUUUGCUUACCUCACCAGCGUGCAGCACUCACCCUCGAACUCCAAGACAUCCUUGAAGGACUAUCCUUGGGUAAACCACUCGUGCGGAAACCACCAGUUCAAUCGAGCUCCCCCAUCAUCAAACUCGAACCGAUAACUCCAGGCCCAGUCCCACAACAACCACAACCGUCAUCGUCUGUCCUACGUGGUUCAAGACAAAAUCCCAUCAGCCUUGAGGAGUCGGACUCGGAAAUUGAACUUCCUCGACCAGAAACUUCCACUAGCCAACAGGCGAUCCCUUCUACCCCGGAGUCCGACACACAAGUGGACGUCAAGCCCUGCAUCGAUGCAGACUUCCUGCCUCGCUCUGGUGCGCGCGCCGCCUUACGAGUAUGGCCCGGUGCCGAUGUUCUACUCUCCUCCCUUCUAUCUUGGAUCCUUAAAGCGGGGAACCCUCCACGCCGUAAAGCUCGUAUGAAGCUUUGGAAGAAGCUUUAUGGGAAGGACUAUCUACUUGCCAAUUCAACCGUCUACCGCUACGCGUCUUGGGUCGAUUUAGUUGGUUACAAACGGAUGUAUCAAUGGUCGCAAGAAUGGCCAGAGCAAGGCGUAAUCAACAAAUACGACCUCACCGUGGCUCAAAGUAGACCCUUUUUUCAGAAGGAGUACGACGUCGUUUCUUUCAAGCGCAAGAAUACUGCAGGAGUUGAAAAUGAAGAAGCAUCAGGAGAAGAACAAGACGAACAAAGCGAAGAAGAAGAAGAAGAAGACGAUAAUGCCAUCCGCCAAACGCCUGACCAUUUCUUUCCAGCAAGGUUUAUCAGUUGGUAUAAAAACGGAGUCUACAAGCGGGGAAAAAACACAAACAUGAGUCUGUACUCCACUGUAGGAUUCUUGUCACCAAAGGAAGUACUUAGUGAUUCCGAGAAUUUUGGUUGGAACGCUCUGCCAUUCGACGACCCACAAGUGGUUCAAACUGAUGUCGGCGACCGCGAUCAUGUCUUUGGGCUAGUACGACGCGAAGAUGUACCAACUACAGCAUCAGACGCACUUCGAUUUCAGUGGGGUUGUAAAGCAGUUAACGUUACUGUAGACCGCGCCGUGCUCCAUCAAUGGGACGGUCGAACGACUCACUCAGCCGUGUACGCCAACUCCAUUCCUAUGGAGGUUACUGCAUUGGCCCCUUGGGCAAACAGCAUCCAUGAUCACCUGCGCUUUGCACAAGUGUUAGCUCACGCUGCCUGCCUCCUCAACAAAUUCGACCCAGUGGUCCGUCAGCAUGUCUUGUUAAGUCAUGAAGAAUCUGAGACUCUUGACCAUUUACAGAUUGUACCAAACUUAGUUUUGCGCAAGAUGAUCCGUACCAAGCAGCUUGGAGCCAAGUUGAUAAGCUUCUUCAACUUGCGUCAAACAUUGCAUGGUGCUGUUCCAAAAUACAUCACCUCCGACUGCGAGUUUGCCCCCAGGCACCAUAUUGACUCUUUCUUUGGCCGUCUUUUUGAAUGUUUUACCCACUGGACCUAUGAAUAUCACGGUCGACAAGCGUUACUUUGUGGGUUCCGUGGGGUGGAAUCUACUAUAACUGAUGUCACCAUGAUGGAUAAUACUCGUCCUUGGUUCCUGCAAAACCCCUACACCGGAGGAUUACAGCUAUUCGCAUCAACUCACGUUUGUGGCCAUAUGUGUCGUGAUAUAGGGUUAACAACACCACCUCCCUAUUACCCGGUGGGAGCCCCUCCAGUAGACCCUCAAGAAGAUUGA